CGCCUGUUUCCAACCUGACUUCUUCUAUCAUUUCUGCAAUGUCUUACAUGUUGCCUAGAGCAAACCGGACAUUGCUUCUGCGAAGUCAAUGUUGGUAUUCCCGAGCCAACACCUUAACAUUAUUACGUCCAACUACGUCUUAUUUCUAUCGAGCUCACAGUACAAAGCAUGUGACCCAUGCUGAUACCGCAGCGACGAAUUCCGCCGGCCCUGAAUUCGUGUCCAAGUACUACCAACCUCGCAAAAGUGAAAUCAUGGACUUUUUAUACAGUCAUCAGCAGAUGCCUGUACCUACUUCGAAUAAUACUGCGGUUAUCGCAAAGUGUCCACAAUGUAUGAAGGUGAAACGAAAUAGCUUUACUGCACACGUCGACCUAGAGCACGGCAAUUAUUCAUGUCGGACGUGCAACACAAAAGGAUCAUGGCAAGACUAUAUUAAGGCGUUUCGGAAGAAGAAAGGAGACAACAUUAAAGCCAUUUCAACAUCGGAUAUUCGCGGUGAUCGCAAAAGUGCACGGUUUUCGCGACCAAUGAACGAGAUUGAGUUGUAUUCCACGCAGCUGCAAGGAAAUCCCUCUAUUCUCGAGGAUGUUUGUAUUGAUACCAGACUUACCAAGGAAACCCUUGAAGCUUACCGUGUUGGAUUAGCGGAAUACUCAUCUGCUGAAUCCAAACUUGCUGCAGCAGGAGACGGCGAACCGAACCACACUCAAUGCAUCACAUAUCCACAAACUACUCUUUCAUAUGGAGAUAACCAAAAAUUUACAAUUGAGACAACCAGAUUGAAAGCAUGUCAUUUGGACAAUGUUCAGCAGCCAGUUGCAUUCGAUCCUGUUGCGCCUAUCGCCACUGGACUUUUCGGCUAUCAUGUUGCACCUGCCGAAGCUGAAGCCGUUAUCAUCACUCGAAACGAACUUGACGCCAUGUCAGCAUAUCAGAACACCGGCAUUCCUAGUUUCUCAUUACCGACUUCGGUUUACCAGCUUCCACAGACGGUGUUGCCACUACUAGAGCGGUUCUCUAAGAUUUACUUAUGGUUGGAUGAUGAUGUUGACGGACAGCUGGCAGCCGAAACGUUUGCACAUAAGCUGGGCGAGUCGAGAUGUUUCAUUGUUAACACACGCAUGGGUGAUGCUCAAGGACCGUUGACCGCUCACCAAGCACUGUUGCAAAACAAAAAUCUGAAUGACAUUUUGUCCAAGGCCAGCAUCUUACAACACGACCAAAUCGUAGAUUUUCAUGAAUUGCGCGACGAAGUCUAUCGAGAAUUCUUAAGCCCAGACCAAGCCAAGGGGGUUCAAUCAACCGACCUGCCGGCUUUGAAUGCGGUUCUUAAAGGACAUCGUCCUGGAGAGCUUACUAUUCUGACUGGACCUACUGGUGUUGGCAAGACAACCAUUAUCAGUCAAUUGAGUCUGGACUAUUGCAAAAGUGGUGUGACAACCUUGUGGGGAAGCUUUGAAAUCCUGAACAAGCGACUUGCCAAGAAAAUGCUGUGUCAAUUUGCGGGAAAAGAUCUGACCAAGGCACCAAAUGAAUUCGAUGUUUGGGCAGACAAAUUUGAACAGUUACCACUGUACUUUUUGAAGUUUUUUGGAAGUACUUCCAUCAAAGAUGUUAUUCUUGCUUGCCAGCAUGCAGUUUAUGCCUACGAUGUUCGACAUAUUAUUCUCGAUAAUCUACAAUUCAUGUUAUCUCAACAAGGCAGGUCAUCGCUGGAUAAAUGGGACAUACAAGAUGAGGCUAUAGCCGAACUUCGUAAAUUUGCAACGAGUAAAGAUGUGCAUAUAACUCUGGUCGUUCACCCUCGAAAGGAGAAUGCUCCUGCGCUUGAUAUUAAUUCUGUGUUCGGAAGUGCCAAAGUGACCCAAGAAGCCGAUAACGUGGUCAUUAUACAAAAAAAUUCCCAAGGUGAAGAUUUGCGAUUCUUAGAUAUUAAGAAGAACAGAUUUGAUGGAACUUUAGGAUCCAUACCUUAUAAGUUCGAUAAUGCUACAAUGAAGAUUCGAGGCUAUACGCAACAAGAAAUGAAUGAUUUGAAACGUCGGACACAGAGUAGUCAAAAGAGAUCGUAUGACUAUGAUGAGGGCAAUUACAAUCUCGCCGCCAAUAUGGCACAGGACACCUUCUAGAUCAGAAGAGUGAUGUUAUGUAUUUAAUUAAUGACAAAUGUACGCUCUUUCUUUUUAUUGUAUCAUAAUAAUAGCAAUUUCCAUAAGAUUUAGAAAGAAAUGUCGAUUUUAUAUCACUGUAUGAGAGAUAUGGUUUGCAAUUGAUAUUUUUUUCCCUCAUCUUCAUUUACACACGAUUCUGUAUGUUCAACUGGUCGUACAUAUCCUGUUUUGGCAGAUGUUCUUCCAGCAGAUCAGCUAUGCAUCUGAAAACCACAAGGACUUACAAUGUCUUUCCUUUAAAUAUGAAGUACACCUCCAUUGUGUGAUAUCCCAA